AUGGCGGCGAGUCAUAUACUCGAAAAUCAUGUAGCGGAGGCCUUCAGCCUGGUGCAGAUAGGACGCGUCAAGCAGCGAGCAACAACCAAUCAGCAAAGCGGUAUUUUCUACGCCACUGCUGAUAUCGUCUCGCUAAUUGGGAAAAUUGUGUUUGAAAAGAAGUGUGGCUGUGCACUAAUCUUCUGGACAGCAUUUCUAGAUAGUUCAAUCACAGAAACAUCUUGUGGUCUUGUUGAUGUAUCUCGUGAUUGUCGCCAUCUUGUCAUUGAGCUCUUGCAGAAUAAAAUUCACGACGUUUAUGCAACUUUAGAAACAAGGAUUCAUUUGUUGCAGCCAAAAUCUGUGAAUUUGCUUUUCCAAGUCUGUCGAAAUUUUUUAAAAAAAGAACAUUUAAAACCAUUAUCCACAAAUAUUAUAUUCUCUCUAAAAGAAAAUCAAAAAGCUAUUAAUAAGAUUAUUUUAGGCUCAGAAUGUGAGGAAUACCUUAACGAAUUAACGAUAAAAGGUCACGUAAACAUAGUUUCAACUGUUCGAGAAAAUUGUUUAACAUUUUAUAUAACUGCCGCAGAAGAAAUUUGUAAAAGAUUACCUAUAAAUGACACAUUUUUAUCAAAGUUACAAGUUUUUGGACAAUAUGAAAGUUUAUAUAAUAAUAAUAAUAGAGAAACAUUAUUCAAUGAUAUUUCUUUUGUAAUUAAAACUAUAGACAAAAAUGAUGAUUUUGAUGAAAAUGCUUUAAAGCAAGAAUGGAUGACAUUACCAUCAGAUUUUACAAUAGCAGAAAAACAAAGGCUUUCUAAACUAAAUUUCGAUAAUAUGUGGAAAGAAAUUUUACAACGACGACACACCAAUAAUAUCAUUAAAUAUCCAAAUUUAACAAAUGUUCUAAAUAUUAUUAGAUCACUUCCAAAUUCUAAUGCCGAUUCGGAGAGAAUGUUUUCUCUUUUAAGUAAUAUAAAAAUGAAAAAACGUAAUAAAUUUUCAUCGGCUUCUGUUAAUGCUAUUUGUGUUUUUAAGUCAGCAUUAAAGACAAGGGGAGAAACAGCUAUAAACAUGACAAUUGAUGAAAAUCAUUUGUCUCUUAUGUCGUCAGACAAAUUGUAUGCUACCGCUACUAAACAAAAUAAAAAUAUCUUACUACAUACUGCGGAUAAUACUGACAUAGCUGGUUCUUCAUCUAAUAAAUAAUAAAUUCUGUUUGUUAAAAAGAUAUUUGUAAAAGAAAUGACAAUUGUAAAAAGCAUGUAAAAAAUAUUUUGUCUCUAUCUUUGUAAAUAUAUCAUACUCUUGUAAUUCUUUGGUAA